UCUGUCCGCCAGAUAAGAUGUCGACUCGACACAAAUUGUUAUCCGUCAUUGAUGCGGGGAAAAUUCGCUUUUGUAACUGUUUUUCGUACCCGUUCCUUUUCCCUGUGCUGUCUUCGUUUGUGUUCAUUUUAUUACCGAGUGUGUGUUUCCGUGAAAAAGUUAAUUGGCAGUAACUUGUGUGCACGUUCGUUUUCUGUUUGUCUAAAUGUCAUUUGUGAUUACAGUGUUUGUUUUUGAAGUCAGGAAGCAGAUGUAAGUACGGUGGGAUUACUGUUCGUAAAUUUCUAACAAUUUGGGAAAAUACAAUAAUAUGGCGUUCAGAACGAAUUUAUACAAAGCUUAGGCAAUGAAGAAAUAUUUGUCAAAUAUUAAAACAGGAAUUUCAUGGAAUGACGCAAAGUCUUCUUUCUGUUUACAAGAAUUUUGACAUAAAGUGGAGAUUUGUUUUUCCGCUUGAAGAUCCAUUUCGUGAAUUUUCUUCUUUGUGCUAAUUGACACCAUACCAUCCUUAUAUGUGAUGACAGCAGGCUUCGUCUCUAACACUAAACCAAGUGUUAAAAUUAUUCUUUGUUUAGCCGCGGAUUAAACAAGUCUGAAGUGGUUAAACGGAUAUUGUUUUGCUUUCAUGAACAUUUCAGAAGGAAAUUCGGAAAUGCGUAUAGAGAGCUCCAAUUGGAGUGUAAAGAGACGUCCAAUGGAAAUAUACAUAGAUAAAUUAAACAAAAAUAUAAAAGCGAAUGUUGGAGUAUGGAAAUAAAUAAAGGGAUAUACAACGCAAUAUAUAGAGAAAUCCAGUGGAAAUAUGUCAAAAAGAAUAUAAUUGAAAUAUUUAAAGAGAAAUCCAGUGGAAAUAUAUAAAGAAAAAUAUAAUGGCAAUAUUUAAAGAGAAAUCCAGUGGAAAUAUAAAUGCGAAAUCCAAAGAAUUAAGCACCACCAUGGAUGUCGCAGAAGCUUGGAUCGACUUGCUCUCUUCUGAAGGAUACUGUGUUCUGCAGUCCAUCGACGUGGGCAGCUUCGGAGAGGUCUUCACAGUCCAGCGGCACGGGCACGCCAAACUCCUGGCCGUGAAGAAGAUCAUAUCUAGCAGACGUGUGGAGGAGGAUCCCACGAUCCUCAAUGAAAUUUCUCUACUGAUGAAGCUCAAACACCGUCACGUUAUAUCGAUAAAGGACGUGGUGUGCACUCCCCACGUAGCGUGCAUCAUCAUGGAAUACGCGGGGCUCGGGAACCUUAAUUGUUUUGUCAAAGAGAGGAAGAUGAUGAGUGAUAAUUUCAUUGGAAAUGUGUUUCGACAGUUACUGUCCGCCCUGUCUUUUUGUCAUGGCAACAGAAUAGCCCAUUGUGACGUCAACCCCAGCAAUAUGCUCAUGGUGUCUGAGAAUCUCGUGAAGCUGGCGGAUUUUGGCACUGCCAUGUUGUGUAUCGACAAGAACGGCAAAUCGGCGCUGUGUCACAACUACCUAGGUCAGAACUCGUACCUCGCACCGGAAGUUCUGUGUCGCCAGCCGUUUAACCCUCUCUACGCCGACGUGUGGAGUCUGGGGUGCGUUCUGUAUUUUAUGACGUUCUGUGACGUUCCUUUCACAGGAGGAAGUGCCGUUAUUUUAAACGAACAGAGAUCCAAAGGUGUUACUUUCCCACAAAACACAAUGCGAAAAGUUCAACAUCUCGCGCAUACAUGUGGAUACAUUACAGAAGUGUGCAAAGUGAAUCCAAGAUUACGACCAACGGUAAAAGAGUUAACGUUGUCAUGGUCACGGAUAAAUAAUCAUUUAACUCACUAAUCGACUGAAUGGCAUACAAAUAUAACAAGAUAAUGAAUAAAGCCAUUUCCACUUUAGUAUAAUUGGAUUUCUAUGCAAUUAGGAAUCUUUCCGCAGCGUUGACAAUAACAUUGCCUUAUAUUGUGUUUCCAAACGCUCAAAAGCUACAAGCAUCUAAAUCCAAACGCUCAAAAAUCUAUAAUCACCUAAACUAAAUUUAUACUCUUAUAUUGUAUAGAGGCAUUAACGAAAAUUAUUAUAUUUGUGUAUUGUUCAAUGUUUGUCGCCAGUAGCUUGUCCGCUUUUUUUCCCCAGCAGCUUAUGUAAUUAACUCGUACCUUAUCAAUAACUAAUUUGCAAUCAACUAAUCAUUAUUUCCACUUCGUUAACAGUUAGUCAUUCGGCAGAGAUCUAGAUCAUUCGGUAGAGCGCUGGCCUGUGGUGCUUAGAUCGUAGAAUCCAACCUCCUAGGUGGACACAUUUGGGCUUGUAACAGUCCCAACCGAAGCCCCAAGACUGAUAUACCCUUGAUGCUAAACAUAGGGUGGGGUGUGGAUGUAGUGGGCUUCCUCUGAAGAGUGUUAGAAUUACCAAAUAUUUGACAUCCUUUAGCGGGGACGGGAUUUCCUGAUGUGCUUGGGUCGAUGGAUCGAAUCUCCUCGAUUAACCUAUGCUUGGGGGUUUUCCGUCCCAGCCAAUGCAUCCCAACUGCUAUAUCAAAGAAUGUGGUGUGUGCUAUCAAGAAAAACAAAACGUAUCGAACACGUUUAAACUCUUACACUUACACUCGAUGACACUACAUUGUGUCAUCAUUAUUUAGUUUCGUAUUCAAUUCGUUUUAGAUAUAUUAUCGUAAUUGCACUUCAUAUCCCUUUUUACAGUUGUUUAAAUUAUUAUUUUUAAUUUUUCAAAUACGAAUAGAUGCAUUGGUAACCAUCAAACUUAAAUACGAAGAAACGAGACAAAGGGAGAUAAUUUAAUCAUGCACUUUUACAAAAAAGUAAAUAUGAUUUCUAUAUUUUCACUGUAGCUAAAAUACAGUGAAAAUAUGACUUUUCACCGGAUAUCACUUUUAUGGUUUCCGUAGAUCUAUAUAUUUCAUUGCUAUGUAUAUAAUAAAAAUUAAGAUCGCUUAUGGGCAAUAAAUAGGAUACUAAACUCGCUACCAUUUCGUAUCAUGCUUAUGUACCUCGUAAAAUAAUUUCUAUUAUUACCCCAGCGGUCACGCAUAACAGGGAAAAUAUUUUCCAUAUUUUCUCAGUGAGAAAUAUUCUGCAUUGGUCUAACGAACAAUACUAUUGGAUAGUUUGACGCUUACAA